UAUCAAAAAAAUUUAUCAACAGACUCAAAAAUGGGCCCUAGUUUCUGUCUCAAAAAAAUAAAUUGCGAAAAUGUACGUAUCUUGUGCUCGAAAGUGAAAUUGAAUUAAUAUUCUUUGACGUUUUAUUCCCUUCAACAAUGUCGAACUAUCUGUCUUGAGAUUCGCCGCCAGAAGAAAUGUCUCGUCAACGACUAGCCGAUGAAAAUUCGCUGAGAUUAUUCGAGUUUCUUCAAAAUGAUCUGAAAAAUUUAUCCAUCGAAACGAAGAAGAAGUUUCCCCAUAUCAAAGAAGCAUGCGAAGAAAGCAUUGUGAAAUUGAGAGAUGCGUCGGUCAAUUCGCAAACAUCGAUUUACCACGUAACCAACCAAAUCUUAUAUCCGAUCGUUCAAGGGUGUGAAACCAAGGACCAGAAAAUCAUAAAACUAUGUCUCGGUAUGAUACAAAAAUUAAUCACGCAGCAAGCUGUGGAUCAUAAAGGAGCUAGAUUUAUAACGAAUACGUUAUGGAUGCUGAUGGAAAACGGUACCGAGGAAGUAAAAGUACUCCAAAGUGUUACACUUCUACUUACAACGAAUAGUGUCGUACACGGAGACAUUCUAGCCAAAAACUUGGUGUUAUGUUUUCGUUUAUAUUUUGGAAAAGAUCCGAUAGUCGUGAAUACAGCCGAAGCUACGGUGAAACAUUUAGUAUCAUUGGUAUUCGAUCGUGUUUUAACCGAAGACGAACAGCAUCAGCCCAGUUCGGAUUCUCAAGUCAAUUUGGAAGAGUUAAAAGUUCCUAGUAAUGUGCCACCGAAAACGUUGCGAAGCUGUGCUGCUGACGCUUAUCUCAUGUUUCAAGAUUUGGUUCAGUUGGUGAACUCGGAUCAACCUUAUUGGCUGACUGGAUUGACUGAGAUGUCGAAAACAUUCGGAUUGCAGUUAUUGGAAUCAAUGCUGGUGAAAUUCCCUUCGGUUUUUUUCAACCAUCCCGAAUUCAGUUUCUUACUGAAAGAACGAGUCUGCGCUCUCGUUAUAAAAUUAUUUUCACCUAAUAUCAAAUAUCGAAAUUACGGACCAGCGUUGAACGCACACCAGUCUGGAUCGUUUGAUAAACCAUGUUUUUCAAUAAGUAUCAGGUUGCUGCGUAUAGUUUUAACGCUCGUUGAAAAAUAUCACAAUAUUUUGGUCACCGAAUGUGAAAUAUUCUUAUCACUGAUCGUCAAGUUCGUUGAUCCGGAUAAACCAGCUUGGCAAAGAGCAGCUGCGUUGGAGGUUUUGUUCAAGAUGACCGCACAACCUGAACUAUUACUGUCGUUCUGCGAAUGCUACGAUCUCAAGACUCAUUCCACGAAUAUUUUUCAAGAUAUUGUCAAUUGUUUGGGUGCUUAUGUACAGUCUGUUUUUCUCAAUCCGCAAUUAGCACCUACAGGCCUCUCACAUCACCAAAUCCAUGGCCAGCCUCCAGCUACACUAGGAGGUAUCCCAAUGGGUGCUGGGAUUUCACCUCAGCCAGGUUUCGUUUCACGAGGUGUUUUUCUCCCCAUAUAUGAAACGUUUGUCGUCGGUCAAGCCAAGACAAUAAUCUUGGAGUAUACCGAUAAAGUAGAACCACCUAGUGUACCAAAUGGACACGGUUUGGCAGUAGCUUUUGCAAGUUUCUUAGAAAUAGUACGAUCGCUUUCGACGAUUUUAGAAAAAACACCGUAUUUGCAAAACUUCAAACGAACGCCCGACGAGAAAGAAACAUUACCGUCGAAAGAAACUGAAAACAAUAAUAACUCGAAUAAGUUCCCAGAGAAAGAGAAAAAAUUGUAUUGCCAGUUGAUCAAUUCAAGCUGGUGUGGAAUUCUUUCGGCGCUUGUACCAUUGGUCGAAGGAAGUACGGACGAAUUGAUUACGGAGAAUAUUCUCAAAGCAAUGCAAACAUUGGCAAGUCUAGCUGGCCAUUUAGAGCUGAACACACCUAGAGAUGCGUUCAUAACUGCGAUUUGUAAAGCUUCUUUACCGCCUAAUUAUACGCUUGCGGUUCUCAGUACGUUUGCCCCGGUGCUCGGAAACUCCAAUAGUAAUGGAUUCCCGAUGCAAGAUGGAAAUCCUCAUUAUAGCCUGGGUUCUUAUGGUAAUCACGAAAUGGAUUAUAAACAACAGGUUGUCGCUGUCGGUACCCCAUUGCCUUCGGCUUCGUUACCUCAAGGUGUUCAACAAGGUCCUGUUAUGUUGACAGCUAAAAAUCUUCAAUGUAUGAGAGCUCUGUUGAUUUUUGCCCAUUGCCACGGAUCAAUUUUAGGCUCAUCGUGGCAACUCGUUCUAACAACCAUACAGCAUUUGGUAUGGAUCCUAGGUCUAAAACCAUCUACUGGCGGUAGCCUGAAAGCUGGUCGAUCAUCUACCGAUGCAAAUGCUGUAAUCACCACAGCAGUUAUGGCAGAUUUACCGGUACUUUCGGCGAUGCUGAGUCGUCUGUUUGAAUCGAGUAAAUACCUGGAUGAUGUAGCAUUGCAUCAUUUGAUCGAUGCGCUCUGCAAGCUAUCUCACGAAGCUAUGGAAUUAGCUUAUUGCAAUAGAGAACCGUCUCUAUUUGCGGUAGCUAAGUUGUUAGAGACUGGUUUAGUGAAUUUACCUCGAGUCGACGUGCUUUGGAGACCGCUGACGAAUCAUUUAUUAGAAGUUUGCCAACAUCCGCAUAUUCGAAUGAGAGAAUGGGGAGUUGAAGCUAUUACGUAUUUGGUGAAAUCCGCUUUACAGCACACUUAUCAACCGUGUUUGAGGGAAAAUCAGAAAUUACAAACGCUUCUGUUAUCUCCGAUGGUCGAAUUAUCUUCUGUACCUCACGGUGACGUUAGACAAAGACAGCUGGAAUGCGUUUUGCAUAUUUUACACAAUUCCGGAGAAUUAUUGACUCACGGAUGGCCUUUAAUUUUGAACAUUGUUGGAGCUAUAUCUGAACAGCACAGUGAAAAUCUGAUCAGGAUAGCGUUCCAGUGUUUGCAAUUAAUAGUUACCGAUUUCUUACCCUUGAUGCCAUGGCGCUGUUUACCGUUAUGUUUAGAAACUACAUCGAAAUUCGGAUCUCAACCUCAAGAAUUGAACAUUUCUUUAACAGCGAUCGGUCUUAUGUGGAACAUCGCCGAUUAUUUCUUUCAAAAUCGAGAAAAAUUAUGCCAGUGUUUACAAUCAGAAACACAAAUAUUUCCCGAGUGUCCUGGUAACGCUGAAAUGCCAGCUUUUGAUAAGUUAUGGAUGUGUUUGUAUACGCGUUUGAGUGCUUUGUGCGUUGAUCCAAGACCAGCUGUGAGAAAAUCAGCCGGACAGACUUUAUUUUCGACGAUAUCUGCUCACGGAGGACUUCUCAGUCCGACUACGUGGCAUUCGGUUUUGUGGCAGGUUUUAUUCCCAUUAUUGGAUAAAGUUAGAAGUAUGUCGAGCAAUGCUAGUAAUAAGAAAGUAGACGCCGGAGGCAGCAUAUUAAUUCAUCAUUCCAGAAACACCGCACAAAAGCAAUGGGCUGAGACCCAAGUUUUAACUUUAACCGGAGUAACCAGAGUAUUUAAUACGAAACGACAACUCUUGAAAACGUUGGGUAAUUUUAGCAAAGCUUGGUCGUUGCUUUUGGAAUUCAUCGAAAACGCAGCUCUCAGCGGAAAUAACGAAGUUUCUUUGGCAGCAUUACGUUCGUUCCAAGAGAUGCUAUUUUGCAACGAAAAAAUGGGCGGCGAUGGCGAAAAAGAACCAUUGCCCGCCGACAUAAACCGUAAAGAAAUUUGGGACGCUGCUUGGAAAGUUUGGCUACACAUUGCAAUGGAAAGUUUGAAUAAAUCAAACAUGGAAACCGAUCUGGAUUACCCUCUGCAAUCAUUCUUAGCCGCUUUGAUUCAAAUUUUCCCAUCAGUUUUUCAACACAUACAUUCCAGAUUCACAGUAUCGGAUUUAGAAAAAUUAUGCGGCGUAUUGGAGGCUGCUUCUGACGUACCAAUUUAUGGAGAAAAUUUAUCUUGCUAUUUACCUACCUACGAAACAUCACUGACCCAAUUGCAAGAAGGAAUACUUAAUUGUAUAGAAUUGUUGCAAGAGAAUGCUUUAUCAAGUCCUGAAAAUAUGGAUAAAUUUAUUUGUACCAUUUUCAAAUUAUUAUUAUCGUUGUGCAAAUACGCCUAUAAUCCUCCUUCGGUCGUAUACAUGAAAAGUGCCGAUCAGAAAGAAGCUAUUAUGAUGAAACACGUGCCAUUUGGAGAAAAAGCAAUCACUAUGGUGGUAUCCCUUUAUCAACAAACCUGUAAAGCGCACCCAGUCAUUAAAGGGAAUGUAUUAAAACUCAUCUUAGAAGUCUUGCAUGUUCCUCUGUCUCGCAGACACGACAAGAAAACAUUCAGCACUUGGAAAUUAGUCGUGACGAAUUUCAUGAAUGUUCUCUCCAGUGGCAUACCACUGGCUAGAAAACAUCCUGAAGAUUUUGAAAGCAUGUGGCCUCAAUUAGCCGAUUCGCUAGAUCAAUUAUUAUUCCCUAAAAAAACUACUUCGGUCGACGACUCGGAAUAUUCUAAAGAACAAUUGAUCGAAGACGAAACCGUCGAUUGCCAAAUAAUUAAAUUCCUCAAGAAGGAAAUCCUAUCACAAUCCAGUUCGGUUCCUAAAGAAUUCGUACUAAAAGUAGUAAUUUUACUUAAUAAAGGAUCUAUAUUGUCACCUUCGCACGAUGUUCUAAUCAAACGUGGUAACGAAGAAAACCUGAGGGAAGAAUUCGCUAAAACGUGCUUCGAAACGUUACUGGAGUUUUCCUUAUUGAAUGGACUGAAUGGUAAAGACGCGUUACCAUCGAGUUUAGAAAGUAUCGGUCCUAAUGAAGAAUUAACCGGUCAUUUGGCCGUUACCGCGUUACUAUUUCGGUUCCAAGAAGUUAUUAAACAGUUCAUCAAGGAUGAACAUCGUGCUGGAAAGUGUCCUUUGGCCAGGCACAGACUGUCAGAAAUCUCUUUCGUAUUGAAAGCAAUCGCUACGUUGAUUUCUUCUCUGAAAAAAGCUUCAGAUAAAGUCAGCAUAUCUGUUUGGGAACAAGUGAUUAGCCUAUAUCCGCAUCUGAUUAGCUGUUCGGUUACAAGUUCUAAUCAGAUUUCGGAAUCUUUGCGAGAAGCCCUAUAUCAAUACCACGAUUUAUUAAAACCACCUGCUAACUCACCGGUCACGUCACCUUCUUAAAAUAAUAUACGAAUUGUUAAGUUUAUGGUUGAAUAUUUUUUUUUUUUCGUUCUCUCUUUGUUACCUCGUUGACUGUUUAAAUGUAUGUAUGUACUUGUGAGAUAUUUUAAAAAUAACGUUAUACUUAAAAAGAGUUUUAAAAUCUCUCCUUUGUAACAUGCCUCGAUCGUUAUACGUUAUCACUAUAUUGAUGGAUUUUUAAUUUAUACAUAUUUUGAGUCCAAGAUUUCACUUAUGAACGUUUCCUUCUUCUCUUUAUAUAAAUGCUUGAUUAUUACCUAUAAUUUUUACUAUUUAAAUCUGGUACCUAUUUUUAAAAAUUUUUUAUAUACACCAUUUUUUCCCUCUCUCUUUCUUUUACCUCUAUUGUAUUAUAGAUAAAUAUAAUUUCAUGUGAUAUGUAUAUUAUUUCAUUUUUUAUUUAAGAAUCAAAAUUUCAAAAAGAAAUCCCCCAUAAUCGUGUAAUUUAUCGCAUAUUUUAUUCUAUUCGAACGUAUCUAGGUAAUUAUUAAGGUUGUUCAAAAUCGUAGACUAGACGUCAACAUAUCCAUUACCUAUUUAAAAAAAAUCAUUCGAAUCUCGAAGAUUGUGUAUGUAUUUUCAUUCGGACAAUAUUUAAUUCGUGUGUAAACGAGCUUUUCCCAAUAUUCUUGGGAAUCGAUCUUAACGUAGAAAAAGUUUAGAGAAUUUCGAUUACAAUUUGUUUUAAUUUGCUAGAGCAGCGUUGAUUAGUUUAUUGAUCGCAAUAUUUGUGAACUCAUCUGCGAGAGUUGAAUUUAUUAUUGCAUGUUUUAAAGUAAUAGUAUUGUUUGAAAUAUUUUGAAAUAUAUUUUAAAGCGUCUAAUCGUAUUGCCAAA